AUGUCGAAUCUAGAUGAUGAUGAAGCCCUCUUUGAGGACUUGUACGAUGACGAUAAAACAAGCAACAAAAAGGACGCACAAGAGGCGUCCGUGUUAGAUAAAAAAGCAGAGGAAAAUAAGCAAGGUGCUGAGGAAGGAGUGGAAGCCAUUGGAGAGGGUGCCACAAGUGAAACACCCACAGGUACAGCGGCAGAAGCUGCUGCUCAAACUGAAGAUGACACCCAACUGGGGCUGGGUGCUCCACCACCACCUCCACCACCACCGCCUCCAGCAAAUGAAACUUCUCAAGUACCAUCAGAAGCUCAAACUGGAGAGCAAACUCAGCAAGCCCAGCCAGGACAAGCAGCAAUGCCUUCCUUCCCAUUUGAUCCGGCCCAAUUUGCCCAGAUUGCUAGUAUGCUUCAAAUGCAGGGCCAGAUGCCAGGACAAGUACCAGGGCAAGUACCAGGACAGACACAGGCUAAUAUCCCACCACCACCACCCAAGCAGUCUGUGUCCGAAAUUGGAAAAGAGAGCGGUAAAAUGUUUAUUGGUGGGCUCAACUGGGACACAACAGAGGAAGGAUUGGUGAAUUAUUUUUCAAAAUUUGGAGAAAUUACCGAUUACACGAUUAUGAAGGAUAAUGCCACUGGAAGGUCAAGAGGGUUUGGAUUUUUGACAUUUAAAGACCCGAGCGCUGUAGACAUAGUUAUCAAACAAGAACACAUACUUGAUGGUAAACUAAUUGAUCCGAAACGUGCCAUUUCGAGAGAAGAUCAAGACCGUGUUGGUAAGAUCUUCAUUGGAGGUAUCGAUCCAAUGGUUUCAGAAGAUGAAUUUAAUGAUUUUUUCUCCAAGUUUGGCACUAUCAUCGACUGUCAAUUGAUGAUUGACAAAGAUACUGGAAGAUCAAGAGGUUUUGGGUUUAUUACGUUCGACUCUCCCGAUGCUGUUGAUAGAGUGUGUGUUAAUAAGUAUUUAACUUUGAAAGGAAAAGCUAUGGAGGUUAAACGUGCAGCUCCAAGAGGACAACAUAAUCAACAAAUGAUGAUGCAGCAGCAGCAGCAAGCCCAACAACAGGGCGGCCAAUAUUACAACCCUUAUGGUGCAAGUCAAUACGGACAGAUGUAUUCACAAAUGAACCCAGCCAUGAACCCAGCCAUGAACCCAGCCAUGAAUCAGUGGUAUCAAUGGUAUAUGUUUCAGCAGGCUCAGGCCCAGCAACAAGCAGGCUCUUCAGAUUCACCCCCAGCACAGCCUCUCAACCCACAACAACAGGAAGAUGAAGCAGAUGCAGAUGAAUCUGGUAAUGCGGCUGGAAGGAACUCAGCCUCGGACUCUCCACAAGCUGGAGAAGAAGGCGCUUAUCCAACGAGACCAAACAUUCCACGCGGUCCAAAGAGACCCAAUGGUCCCUCAAGCUUCAGAGGAAGAGGCGGCUACAGAAGAGGUAGGGGUGGAUUCCAUCCGUAUCAAAGAGGGGGAAGAAGGUACUGA